UGGCACGCUAAAGGUAUCUAUAUGUAAAAAGCCAUCCUUUCAUCGUCUUCCCCCUCCGUUGCAAGCCCUAAUUUGGAGAGCGUGAGAGAGAGAGAUGUUCUUCCACAUAACUUUGGAGCGCAACAUGCAGCUCCACCCACGUCACUUCGGUCCCCACCUCCGCGACAAGCUCGUCGCCAAGCUUAUGAAGGACGUCGAGGGCACCUGCAGUGGGCGGCACGGGUUCGUGGUGGCCAUCACGGGGGUGGAGGACAUCGGGAAGGGGCUCAUCCGCGAGGGCACUGGCUUCGUCACCUUCCCCGUCAAGUAUCAGGCCGUGGUCUUCCGCCCGUUCAAGGGCGAGAUCCUUGAGGCCGUCGUCACCAUGGUCAACAAGAUGGGUUUCUUUGCCGAAGCAGGGCCUGUCCAGAUCUUCGUAUCGAAUCAUGUGUGUGGAAUUAAGAACGCCUAUCAGUAUAAAUCAUGUAGUUGUUCAUUGAUCCCAGAUGAUAUGGAGUUCCAGUCUGGAGAUAUGCCAAAUUACACAACAUCUGAUGGAUCUGUCAAAAUUCAGAAAGACAGCGAGGUUCGAUUAAAGAUUAUUGGGACUCGUGUAGAUGCCACAGAAAUUUUUUGCAUUGGCACCAUAAAAGAUGAUUUCUUGGGUGUCAUCAAUGAUCCUGGUGCUUCUGCUUAAUCAGCCAUCGUUAGGUUCCCCCACUUUUGCAACUGCUAUGAUGUGGUGCCACAUGAAUUUUUCUGUUGUUAGAUUAUAACUUAUGUGAAAACUUGGUCCAAUAUGUUGCAUAAUUGUGGAGUUUUGCUACUUUUUGUUGGCUAGGAUAUCUUACAUUAAUUUUUGUGUAUAUGGAGCUUCAACCUUCCUAAUUUUCCACAGUGCUGACAUUUUGCAACA